CUUGCAGGAGGGGGCGGCCGAGUGAGGACACUAGAGCAAAGAUGUCGGGCCAUUUGAAUCCUCACCAUCCUCCAUACACCAACAUCACCGACACGAUGCCGUCCAGCUCGAGCGGCGAGUUCACAGACGAUCACCAUGAUGACUACAAGAUCCAGCCUACAGUCGAGGAGGAAUGCGCGCGCGAACAGGCUUCCCCGCUCUCUGAUGACGACCGCCUCCGCAUGUUGGGUUACGACGUCUCCCUAGGCCGGUCGUUUGGCUUCUGGUCAAGCGCCGGCCUCAACGUGUCCCACAACUCGUUCAUCUACGAGUUUAUCGCGUACCAGUCGAUCUAUGCGCACAACGGACCGCUGCUGUUUGUUAUCGGCUACCCCUUCCUCAUCUUCUUCCAUCUCUGUCUCAUCGGGCCGUUCUCUGAACUGGUAUCCACUUUCCCAGUUGCUGGUGGUAUGGCUACGUGGGCGUGGCAGUUGGCCCGCGCCGGAAUCGGUGGCGAGCGUCAGUGGGGAUGGGUCGUGGCGGGCUUCACCCUUGCUAUGCAUCUUGGCAAGACAAUCAGCUACUUGUUCGGCGUGACGACUAGUCUGACGGCUAUCUACGUCUCCAUGUCAGGCAAGAAGUUUAACACUCUCACCGGCCUUGCGCUUGAGCCCGAACAGUGGUGGGAGCCGGUCUUCUACCUGUCGCUUGUCGCUUUUGUGGCGAUCCUUACCAUUACUCGUGUCGCCCGCACUGGCUGGUUCUGGAUUGGUGCGGGUGUCUUCAACGUUAUCCUCAUCAUCCUGGUGUACGCCAUGCUGAUCACUUGUGCUGUCAAGAUCCCGAAAAACCCCGGCUUCGUGAUCAUGAAGGAAAACCAUGGGCCGAAGAACUGGGGUUUCCCCCUGCGUAAGAAUUGGAUUUAUGGCUUCUCGCGUAUGAUCUUUAUGGGUCUGCCACUUCGAGUCACAGCGGUCGAUGCCCCUAUUCACAUGGCCGAGGAGACCAGGCAUCCCUCUCGGACAGUCCCGCGUGUCUUGUGGACGACCACUAUCUUCCACCACGUCAACAUCUACGCCACUGUUAUCAUGUACAUGUUGAUCGUCACCCCAAUCACCCUAGGCCUUGGAGCCUUGUUCCCCAUUGUGCCAAUGGGGGAGCUCAUGGAAAUCGGCAAAUCUGGAAUUCUAGGAAUCGCCAUCAUCGCAGCUCUCAGUACCAUCACGCAAGUUCUCGCUUCGACGCUCAUCACCUCGCGUUUCAUCUUCGCACUCGCGCGCGACAAGGGCAUCCCCUUCUCGAAACUCAUGGCCACUACAGACAAGCACAAGGAGCCAUGGGUUGCCAUGGUCGCUCUUCUUCUUGCCAUGUUCCUCAGUACUACAGGCUGGCUGGUGAACCACAAUAACUACACCUCGCUCCUCCAUGCGUUCCAUUUCUACUUUAUCAACGUUCCUUACGUGCUGCCUCUCAUUCUUUACGUCUUUUCAGGGCUGGACCUUCGUUACAUUGGUCGCUCUGAAUUUUCCCUCGGCAAGAUCAGCAAGCCGUGUGCUUGCGUCGCUAUCGCGUGGUUAAUUCUUUCCCUCAUUCAAGGCUCGAUGCCUUUGACUGAGUUCAACGGCACAGCUAUGUUCCGGGAGCACAAGAAAGGUGAACAGAUCAUCAGCUGGCUGCCGAUGACGAUUGGCGGUAUGCUUGUUGUCAUUCUCGCCUCCUGGUUCCUUUACGGUCGUCACCACUAUGUCGGUCCCAUUCGUGCCAUCACCAUCUGGGCCACUGGUCAGGAUAUUGAUCCACGAAACGUUAGCACCGCCAACGCUCGCGGUCUGGCAAUCAGGCGUUACAUUGAGAAGAAGACUGGCAAGACCUCCUCUAAUGGUGAAAGCUCUUCAGGGGGUCCUUCAUCCCGCCGACCUACUUUCAGUGGCCCAAGGACAGCAACUCUGCCGACAGUCCCAGCCAAGUCGCCCACCUUGCAGCGUUUCUUUGGACGUGGCUCGACGUCGAGCGGGAGCCGGGGCACCUCAAGUGGCGUGUUCACUGAAUCGACGCCUCACGGGCAGCCGCUCGUCUCGGUUCUUCCCGAGAGCGGCGUGCUGCCUCAGGAGACGCGCAUGGACUACGAGGUGACGCGUGGCGGCAUGUCCGUGCUUCCCGAGAGUGGCCUUUUCCCGGAGAGCGUCAUCGACGAGCGCUCAACCACAAGUGCGGCGCAAGCCGAGUCCCAGCUCCUCCCAGCCCCCCCGGUUUCGAACCGAGUCAGCCGUCGUAUGAACUUCCGCCCAUCUGUCCUGAAGAUUGGCGAGCAAUCGUACCCUCUCACGCAAUUGACGCCGCCACCACGCUCUCCGCCGACACAGACCCCGCUCUCGCCGCCCCCACGCACCCGCAACAGUCUGCAGUACAGCUCGUCUCCGAUGCCCACGCAGAUGGAGGCCGCCCAGGAGGAGUCGCAACUUGAGCCCGAGCUCGACUCGCGCUUUUCUUUUGCCCAGAUGCCUGCUCUUGAAGAAUCACAGAUCCACCCUGGAGGGUCACGCGACAGCUUUGGCGUCAAAAACCACGAGUACAGCUCGCACGACCACCCGCGUGACGCCGAGAGUUUCAUUGAGCCGAGCGCGCUUGCGGAGUCGCAGCUCGAGCCCAGGAGGUGGUAAAUGUCCGUCGUGGCGAUUGUGAUCUAUUCCAGUAUAUAAUGAGGUAUCCUUAGGAGGACAUGCACGUUGGUCUGUAC